AUUUUACACGCUUCACCAAAACGAUUCUUACCAUUUUUGCUCUCCAGCCCAUAAUUAGUUGAAACCUCACCUUCUCAAACUCAUUUAUUUUCUUUCAUCAUUUCCCUAUCAAACUCAUUCAUUGCUCUGGUGUCAUGUGUCCAAGACCAAUAAUUGUUUUUGCAUCACCAUGAGAAAAGUCUGCAUGCAACAACCAUGGACGAACUGCCAGGCUCGUUGGGCACCAGUGCCAGCUUGGCUCUGCGUUUCGGCCAGACCAUAUUCUCCACCGCAUCUCUUCUGUUUAUGUGUUUGGACGUCGAGUUCUACAGCUACACAGCUUUCUGCUAUUUGGUAACAGUAAUGGGUUUGGUAGUUCCAUGGGGCAUGACUUUAGUGAUAGUGGAUGCCUACUCUGUUUUUGUUAGAUGCUUACCUCGUCAACCAAGAAUAAUUAUAAUCCUCAUUGUAGGAGACUUGGCUUUAUCUUAUCUCUCACUAGCUGCAGCCUGCUCAACAGCUAGUACCACAAUGCUCCUACAUGAUGCUGGUCGAUCCUUAUGCCCAGCAAAAUUAUGCACUAGAUAUCAGUUGUCUGCUGCAAUGGCUUUUCUUUCUUGGUUUCUCUCUAUGGGUUCUUGUCUAUUCAAUCUUUGGCUUCUUCCUUCUUUAUAAUGCUGGCUGUUGAGUCCUAUCCAGCAAAUGACUGCCAAAAGAUUUUUAAAAAGUCCUAUCAUACACUGAAAUUUUGGAAAAUACAAAUGGAGUUCUGUUAGAAAAUGAAAGCAAUGUACAUUCUCAGGGUUUCUCUAUUGAUUUUGUACUUUAUUGAACAGGAAAAGGGUGAAAAAUUCUCUCUUUUUUCCACUUGUAAAUAUACACACAUAAACCUGAAAUCCUACUUAUUACCCUCAUGUUGUAAUUAAGAAUGAGCAAACGGGGAUUCCCCCACCCCCGCCCCCGCGCCCCCGUUCCCCAUCUGGGGAUAUUUUCAAAUGGGGGAUUCCCCGCGGGGAACGGGUUCCCCACCCCCGCCCCCGCAUUUGCCAUUUUCUCUAUGUGAACUUUUUUGUUUUUCUAUUUUGAAAUUUUCUA